GGCUCACUUACCAGCAGUCUGGUGUCUGGCUCACACCUGUCAGAUGAUUUGGGAAAAUAUAGGUACCACGUUAUUAUUCCUUCCCUCCUGGUGGCAGGAGAUUUGCCAAAGAAUGGAGCAAUGGUAUAAAUUACUUUCUCCCCUCUGCGUGAUUUUUCUUAACUAUAAUCUAUAAGGUGCAUAAAGAAUAUUACUAGAAAUUUCUUUAAGCUUAGUUAUACGAGGAAUUUCCACGUAUUUUAGCUGGGCAGGUAUCUCUUUAUAAGCGCUAUGGCUAUAAUCAAGGGUAGUCUUUGCUCUUCUUUGCAUAGCGCCAUCAAUGCCUUCAACGAAAUUCAAGGGCGUAGCAAUAUUGCAAUAGACAACGGGAGUUUUCCCGGCCAAAUAGUGGUCAACAACGAGGUCGCAUAUGAUGAGAAAAGAAAUAUCAACGUUAGGGGCCCGGGUAGCCAGAGCCUACUCGAGUCUGCCACAGCUGAUGGGUCAACAUCCACUACACCUAGCUACAGUUAUGAAUCAUCAUUGGAUCUCGAUAGACCUGACUGUCGUUCGACGCCGCGGACGCCAGUCAGUGAAAUUCUCACCCAUCCUAAUGGCGAGGAUGUUGGUCCCGAGAAGCAUGUCACAGAGAGUAAACAAGUCCAGGAUAGUCUGUUAUUUGACCUCAGUAUAUGCAAUGAAGUUUUGCUUGGGCGGGAUGUUCGCGCUCAACAUAGCGCUGCUAUUCAGAUUGAAAACAAUGCGAUCGAUCUCGACAAGGUUAACGCCGAGCCUAGCCAACAAAUCAAUCACUCCCCGAAGCAGCUUGAUGACGUGUUGAAGAACGUACCGAGUCCAACUAGUCCAACUAGUCCAACCAGAGAAGCAGGUUCAUUUUCAUAUCCCUGUAUAACAGAGUCAGCGUUCAUAACCAGUAUCCGCCUCCAUCGCGGAAAGCGCGACGAUACCAUUUACCGAUGGAAGCAAAAAUCAGAAAUCACAUUCAACGUGGAUCGUCACAGUUUUAGAUCUAACAUCGAGUACGCAAGAAUGGCUAACGAAACCCUGGAUGCUGCAGUCGAAAAAUGGAAUAAGGGACGGUUCGGUGUACGAUUCAAGAGAGUUGAGGAUCACGAAGAAGCCGUCUUCCAACUCAUCUACUCAGCGGGUGGUGGAGAUGUCCUAGCAACUGCCUUCUUCCCCAACACGGCGUCUAUUGGGCGGCGACUGGUGGUAUAUGAACAGGCUUUCAUAGAGGUGAAUGACCAGUAUGACCUGAUGACCAACCUUUUCUGCCAUGAACUGGGACACAUCUUAGGAUUGAGACACGAGCGCGCUCAAGAAAAGGAGACUAGCUAUCCAUCCGUACAGUGGGGCGACUCUAACCCCCUUUCCAUCAUGAACGACGACUUGACACUAGACGAGUUUUGUAUUCACGAGAAGGACUAUAUCCAAGUGAAGGAGUUUUACAAAGCUUGCGCCACUUACAACAAAUAUACUAUUGUGGAUAUGGAUGCGAAGCCCUACGCCCUUUACCGCUGUCGCUGCCUCCAUUGCCGCAGUGUUUAAUCAACUUCCUAUACUUCUAGGCAAACCUGUAAUGAGAGUUACAUACGAGCAUCUCCGUGACUUCAAGCGAGGUUAUGGACUGAAAUUUGAGGUCUCCCGGUUAAUAUAGAUAAUCUCUGGGGGCAUUUUAUAUUAGAAAUGAUCAACUAGUCAUACCUACGGGCUAGGUAGAUGGAGUAGUGUCGAAAAUUUUUUUUUUUUUUUUGGCUUUAAGAGCAGAUUCUCUUAAUGUCUGGGGAUAUUUACUGGGUAUAAGGCAUAGAUGCAAUUUUGCAUGAUCAUGCACUAAAAAUGAAGACGUAUAUGUUCAAAAUAAAGCCUUUCGAGGAUUAUAUCAAUAUGAGCUGGUGUGUGUUGAAGUGGCCGAGACAGACAGCGGGUGUAUUAGGAUGAUAUGCAGUAGACAAGUUUAUUGAAUUCGU